AUGGCGGCUGCGGCCACGGCGGCCGCCCCGGCUCUUUAUGCCUGCACCAAGUGCAACCAGCGGUACCCCUUCGAGGAGCUCUCCCAGGGCCAGCAGCUGUGCAAGGAGUGCCGGAUCGCCCACCCAAUCGUAAAAUGCACAUAUUGCCGGUCGGAGUUCCAGCAGGAGAGCAAAACUAAUACGAUAUGCAAGAAGUGUGCCCAAAACGUCAAGCAGUUCGGAACGCCCAAGCCUUGUCAGUAUUGUAACAUUAUUGCAGCAUUUAUUGGCACAAAAUGUCAGCGUUGCACCAACUCGGAGAAGAAGUACGGCCCGCCACAGACAUGCGAGCAGUGCAAGCAGCAGUGUGCUUUUGAUCGGAAAGAGGAGGGAAGAAGGAAGGUUGAUGGAAAGUUGUUGUGUUGGCUGUGCACACUGUCCUACAAGAGAGUGCUACAGAAGACAAAAGAACAGAGGAAGAGCCUAGGAUCUUCACAUUCUAACUCCUCAUCCUCAUCUCUUACUGAGAAAGACCAGCAUCAUUCAAAACACCACCACCAUCACCACCAUCACCAUCAUCGUCACAGCAGCAAAUACCACAAAAUCAGCAGUCUGAGUCCAGAACAAGAUCAGGGACUGUGGAAACAGAGCCAUAAAUCCACUGCAGCUAUUCAGAAUGAAACUCCAAAGAAAAAACCCAAACUGGAAUCCAAGCCAUCAAAUGGAGAUAGUAGCUCUAUAAAUCAGUCAGCAGACAGUGGAGGAACUGACAACUUCGUCCUCAUAAGUCAGCUGAAAGAAGAAGUAAUGUCACUUAAACGUCUUCUGCAGCAAAGAGAUCAGACUAUUUUAGAGAAAGAUAAAAAGUUGACAGAACUGAAGGCGGACUUCCAGUACCAGGAGUCUAACUUGAGAACAAAGAUGAACACUAUGGAGAAGGCUCAUAAGGAAACUGUGGAACAGUUGCAGGCCAAAAACAGAGAACUGCUCAAACAGGUUGCAGCAUUGUCAAAGGGUAAAAAGUUCGAUAAAAGUGGGAGUAUACUAACAUCUCCUUGAGGAACUGGUUGUUGAUAAGGUUUGCUACUCAAUGUAAAUUUGAGUAAUUCUGUGGAGCCCUUAAAAACCUGUGUAGUGAAAAAAUAUUUUUGCACACCAGAUUCGUUGGCAUGUUUCCUACAUGUUUUUAUAAUUGAUAUGCAGCUUUUUUUAGUUACUGUUCAGAUGAAAUACUUCAACUGGCUUG